CCUGUUUCUGUCGCGCCCUUGCCCCGCCUAGCCCCGCUCCAGGCGAGGGCGCCGCACCCACACUGCACUGCACAGUUUUGUUCUGCACCAGCCGUUCGUAGGUGAUCCAGACAAGAUGGCUGUCCUCUCUAAGGAAUAUGGUUUCGUGCUUCUAACUGGUGCUGCCAGCUUUAUCAUGGUGGCUCACCUAGCCUUCAAUGUUUCCAAGGCCCGCAAGAAGUACAAAGUGGAGUAUCCUACCAUGUACAGCACGGACCAUGAAAAUGGGCACCUAUUCAACUGCAUUCAGCGAGCCCACCAGAACACGUUGGAAGUGUAUCCUCCCUUCUUAUUUUUUCUAGCUGUUGGAGGUGUUUACCACCCGCGUAUAGCGUCUGGCUUGGGCUUGGCCUGGAUUGUUGGACGAGUUCUUUAUGCUUAUGGCUAUUACACGGGAGACCCCAGCAAGCGUAGUCGAGGAGCCCUGGGGUCCAUCGCCCUCCUGGGUUUGAUGGGCACAACCGUGUGUUCUGCUUUCCAGCAUCUUGGUUGGGUUAAAAGUGGCUUGGGCAGUGGAUCCAAAUGCUGCCAUUAAAGAUUAUAGGGCUUUCAGAACUCUCAUUCAAAUGACUUACCUUUAUUUCCAGUUAUAUUUUUUUUCCUAAAUAUAAUAAACUUACAUGGCAUCUGCCUCAUACCUAAACCCCGACUCCUACCACUCAUUUCUGUUUGAGUCUGUAUCUGAUGUCAGUAGCCUAGUCCUACUAGAUGAGAGAGGAGCCACAAGUAUUGUGCCCUUUCCUCAUCCUGCCAGCAGAUGCUUUCAUAGUAUGUGAAGUUGAGAAAAAGUCUGAUUGUAGUGAUAGAUGUAUAGUCAUACCACAGUGAUGAGAAAUUAAAGAAAAAUCUUUUA